AAAACCAUCAGCUGUUUUAAAAGUCUAUCAAUUAGUGUAAGUUACAUAGACAUGGGCGGACGUAACUCGUGGGGUUGUGGCAAAGUUUAUAUAUAAGAGAAGGAAUAUAAAUGAUAAUGGUCCAUUAGGUUCGGCAAGCUGCAGUUGGUUGCACCCAGAAAGACAGUUUAGUAUUAAAAAUUUAGUAGUUUGACACUAGCUUUGUACUGUGAUAGAUAGCGAAGUGUGUUUUUUUUCAUUAAAAAUAAUUAGGAUUACAAUGUAGUUGUAACCUGGUUUGCAAUAAGGAGCAAUCGACAAACCGCACCAUCAUAAGACGCUCACCAUAGAUGCAGCAAUGGGGACACAAGUAAGUGUUAAAAUCAAUAAACAUUUUAAACGAGAUGUCAAUAUUUGUUCGUCGCUAAUCUUUUGUUUUUUUUUCCAGCUGUGGUGUUUUAUAGCAUCAAUUUUCUUGGUACUGGUAGAGACUGAGCCACGUGAAGUUGUUACUGAAUCAUUCUAUGAGAGACAGUUUUCAUCUCCAGCGCCCUUACCACUACCAUCUACCCCACCUGAUUCGACUGGAUUGAAAGAAGUUGUAUUAUUCCUGACUCCAGAACAAGUGCAGACACUACAAGCGGCUGGAGCCCUAGUGAGGCCAUUCCCUGAGCUACUUACUGGAUACCCUAAGAUACAAGACCAGUCUCCGCGAAAUAUUAAUUUGAAUUUGAAAAUUCAAAAUGUAUCCGUGGUGCCUACAGAUGCUCCGACACCGAAAAAGUCUAACCCCGGGCUAGACAGCUACUACAUGCUCUUCAACAUACAAGAGAUUAAUGAUGACCUUGCUCUACUCCCACAGACAGUGGAAGUAAAACCAAAAGUACAAACAACCACACCGCGUUAUAAAUAUACGAAAACAAGAAACAGAAAUAAGGACAAAGAAUACUAUGCUACUUCGAGUGGGAAAAAAUCUAACCGAACUAAAACUGUUAUCCAGAAUUCUAACUCGGAAUACGUUCGAUUCCUUCCAAAUUACGAGAAAAAUAAUGAUUUGAAAAUGUUGCCCUAUAAUGCGUUACCUAUAAUUCCAUACCACGGUGACUCCAACCCAACAAAGGCAUUUAUUCAAUCAAAUAGCAGAGGUCGAACAAAUGGACGUAACUCAGCGCAAUCGAUUUCAACUGAAAGGAGUUCAACAUUAAAGCCAUCGAUAAUUUCAACCCAAACUGCAAAAAAUGAAGUUACGAAAUCGAUACCUCUUGUAAAAGCUACUGCUCCUCCUUUACUACUACGCACGCCAGUGGCACCUCAGCGAUCGUCAAGCUCAAGACCCAAUGAAUUUAGAGAAACCCUUACUUCCUUAGACAAAUUGCCGCCUUCAAAGAAGCAACAGAUCAAAAUUGAAACAUCACUCCAAGCUCCUGUUCCCGUACCCAAAAUAAGGCCAAGUGAAGACCAACUCUCACGUCUAUUGGCACCUCUUUAUCAACAUCAAGUUAUCACAGAAGCCAUAUCUGAACAAAAUGAAAAAUCAUUUAUCGAAGAGGGAAUAGUUCAAGUAAAACUACCAACAUCUUCCCAAUACCAAAUUAGUACUGAAGCAACAUCUCAACAGAAAGAAAAAAUAUUAAGUGAUGAGGGGAAAGUUGAAACCAAACCACCAUCACCACCGCGUUAUCAAUACCAAGUUAGACCUGACGCUACAUCAAAACAAGACGAAAAAUCAUUUAGACAAGAAGUAAAAGCUAAAAUAAAACCACCACCUUGGUAUCAAGUUAGUACCGAAACUAUAUUUCAACAGAAAGAAAAAUUGUUGAGUGAAGAGGUGACAGCUACAAUAAAACCACAACAAAUAACAGACACACCCCAAACCCAACUAGAUGAUGUUAAACCUACAACUGAAGGUGUAAAACUUACUACCUAUUUGGGGAAAACAAACGCAUUAUUAGAAGUUGAAGAUGUUACUUUACCGGCAGUGGAUUUCAUAAAAAUUCCAAAGUCCGAAGCUUCAAGAAACCCAAAAAAUCAAGAUAUUAGUUACGCUGUUAGAGAGGAAAUUCCAAAUCCUGCAUUUUCAAUACCUUCAUCAGUCUUAGUGCGUUCAGAACCAUUCGACCUACCCUCACUGUAUCCAGUGACUUUGGAUAUAACGAGAGCUGUUGAACCACAAGUGAGUCGUCCUCUAUCAUUAGACAUUACUCGGGCAAUACCAAUUCCUGUAUCAAAGCCGUUUAGAGUGGAAAUGAAGGAUGCUCUGCCAAUACCCGUAGAACAACGAGUCCCGCCUGUAAUAGGAAAUGUCUUUCUUAAAGAACAAACACCAAUUUUGAUGACACAGGCAAUUCCUGUGGCUCUUAGGCAAAAUGUUCCAGAAACGAUUCCUAUACAGGUGCUAGAUAAACAAAUUAUAAUUCGUCCCAUUUGGGACCAUUGAGAUAAAUGUUAUAGUAUCGUAUUAUAUACGCAAGUGCAAUAUUUAUACCAAUUGUUAAGUUUAAAUAAUUUAAGAUGUUAUUUUAAUUAUUAAUUGUUUUGUACUGUAUUUUUUUUACAAAAUAAACUUUUGUGUGAUCUCUAGAAACAUG